AUGUCGGCAUCGGACAUCGCAUUUGCGAAUCUAUACGUAUUACAACACGGUGAGAUUGAAGAGGCUGCUGGUGGUAAAAGUAACCGGGUUGACACGAUUAUUGAUAUUAAUAUGAGACGCAAGGUACUGGCCUUGUGGCCUGGUGAUAGUGGGCUCAGGGGUUGUUCUGUGGCCGAAGUCAAGAGGGAAAACCGGAAUUGCCCCAUGUUUGAUCAAUUGCAUCAACCUGUCGGAUUCAAGCAGAGUCUUUUGAACAGUCUCGGUGUUGGUCACAAUGUGAGUUUCGAAUUCGGACGGAGGUAUCCUGAGAAGUUCAGAGAAAAGGCGAAUUGUCAAGACAACAGUGCCCAGGCCAACGGAGUAGGAGGCAAAGGAAGAGGGAGCAAGCAGGAGAAGAACAUCCCAGGCAGCAGCGGUACAUUGAAUGCGACCAAGGCUGCCGCUCCGCUAUGCCUUAGGUUCAAGCACGUAUUUUCAAUUGCCCACUCGAGUUCGGAUGCUGAGAUAGAGACAGUCGGUGCUAUACUCCCCCGUGGAGUCGCAAGGAGAGCCCCGAGCCACAUCCCGGGGCUUCUGAAGCGGACUCUGAGAGAAAGAUUCGCCUUUCCUUUCUCUUUAAUGCGCCUCUGUACCUCAUUCGACGCCCAUUUUAGACGUGGUAGGCGCUAA